GGUCAAAGUAAAUUCCUUUUAUGAAACACAGAUUGUCUAAGGGGUAUUGAUUCUCUCCACAAACAGGUCCCUAAGCAACAAGCGUCCAUCGAUUCAUUGCUCUCACUCACAAUCCUUUCCUGCCUGCCGCCAGAUACUUGUCUUCGCCUAUUCGGUUUGCCUGUGUAAUAGCAAUUUUGAUUUCCAGUGGGAAAAAAAAAGAGAAAAUUGUUGAGUAAAACACUUGAAGAAUUUGAGGCUGUCUUUGCAGAUUAAGGGUAUGUUUGGUUAGAGGUAAGGGAUGGAAAGAAAAGGAAGGAUGAGGUUUAGAAGAUUUCUAAAAGCCUUCUUUCCCUUUCUCUUUAGCUCUCCUCCAACCAAACGCACCCCAAGAGUGGAUUUUUACACCAACGCGUUUGUUUGUUCUUGAACUGUGUCUGUCAAAAAAAGGGAAGUGAUGCAUGCAUCUUUUUCAAGGCUGCCUUUUUUUAAAACUUGUUUAUCCCCUUUUUACCCCUCCGGUUUCUAGAAAGAACGGUGCUUUAAUUUCUUGAAUUGGUACCUUAGUUUCUGUCAUUCUUGAAAAAGGUUGCUUUGCUUUGCUUACACCAGUUGUAUAUAGGCCAAUAGAACAAAGGGUUCUUAGCUGGUUUGGGUAUAUAUGGAAAAAACCGAGUCUUUAAUUGGGAUGUGAAGAAUCAAUCAAGAAUGGAUGCUGGUAUGACCAAUGGGAGGAUGAUGUGUGGUGCUGGUGUAGUGGAUCAUUCUCUGGGCUCGGGCUCGGGUUUGGGUUCGGGCGGGUUUGUCGCUCCUGGGAUGAUAUCCGUGAACAAGAAGCAGAUUGAUAUGGAUUGGAGUGAUGAAGAGCAGGCUGUGCUGGAACACUGCCUUGCCAAAUAUGCAGCUUAUAAUACAACAAACAUAGGUCUCUAUGCAAGAAUUUCAUUGCAGUUGAAUAACAAGACUGUGCGUGACGUGGCAAUGCGCUGCCGAUGGAUGUCCCAAAGGGAGAAGGCAAAGAAAAAGAAAGAGGACAAAAAGGAAAGGGCCAUUGACAAUGCUGCACCAGCAGCAAAUUCUAACAUAGUAAGCAAAGCUGGAUUUUCUCCUUAUGCUUCCCAACGAACCGCUACCAAUAACAACAAUGGAAGUUCACUCUUUUUCAAUGCCACUGUACAGCUUCUGCACCAUAACUCUAGGGUCUUUGAUCAGAUCUCUGCAAAUCUCACCUCAAAUCAGAUACAAGACAAUAUUGUUCUCUUGCGUUAUGCUCGCAAUAAUCUCUUCAACAUAUUAAGCGAGCUAAAUGAGCAACAGAGCUUCAUAUCUCGGAUGCCGCCUCUCCCGGUUGAGCUGAACGAUGAACUGGCUAAUUCCAUUCUUGCCCCUGCUUCCACUUGCCCCCCAUGGAAGUGAUCAUUCAGUCCAUAUAUGGAUAAAAAAGCUAGAAAACUAGCAUGCACCAGUUCAAUUUGGACUAGGUUUGUAGGAUAUAUAUAUAUACAUAAUACAUGUGUCUGUGGGGUAAUGUAACUUACUAAUUAGGGACUCAAAUGAAUAGCUUCGCCCUCU